GUGCCGUUGCCGUGGAAACAGCGACGCCAGCGUUCGAACCGUCCCGCGGGGCAUUGUGGGAUACUCUUUCUGAAUCAUGGCGGAUGCGUUAGCUGGAGGCUAAUGUGAGCGGUUAGCGUGUGCACAGUGUUCGUACAAGUUUGGCGCCUGGUGUCCGGUGGUUCUCGUUCAGUGUUGUGUGUGCACAUUCUGGUGCGGCACUGGGUUUGCUCAGAAAGAAAGGGACCUGGGACCGAGGUGCUGCCAUGGAAAGUGCAGAGGUUCUGUCAGGAGAAGAAGAGUCCCCUGAAAAGGGUGACUCCAAAGUGGAUGAACUGCCACACAAGAAAAACAAAAAGCACAGAAAACACAAAAGUAAGAAGAAGAAGAGAAGGAGGAAAGAUGAGAAGGAAAGCAGCUCAGAAUCAGCAGAUUCAGAAAAAGAGGCACCUCCACAGAGACCAGUCCGGACAACACGGGCCAGUGCACGGCUGGCAGCUGCUGCAGGAACAUUAGAACAGGCAGUGUCGAAGGGGGGCAGCAAAAAGCCUGUCACUUCAGAUCGAGCUGAAGGAGACUCCAAAACCAAAAAGCACAAAAAACAUGCAGGCAAAAAGAAAAAGAAAAAAAGAAAGAAGGAUGAAAAGCAGGAGAAAAAGUCACCCUCUUGUUCUCCAUCUGAGAGCAGUUCAGCAUCAGGCUCAGACUCUGAGGAUGACGGGGUGAAGGAUCCUGAAGAUACUAAAGUCUGCCUUGACCUUCCAGAAACAGUGUCCAAGCCGAACAGCCAGGAGGAAGCUGAAAAAGAGGUCCCCAUGCUAACCAAGUCUGAGCUACCGGAGAUGAUAAAAGAGGAGAUCUCGGAUAAGACCCUUUCUCCUUCUGUGCCAAAGGACAGCAGCACCAAUGGAACACAAGCAGAAGUUGGGCUUAUGUCCAUCGUAGAGGAUGAGGACAUAAAACCCAUCGCUGAGGUGGAAAAGGAGGAGAGCUGUCCUGAAGAAGGAUCAUUUAGUCAUUCCCAUGCUCUUCCAGAUAUCAUCCCCAAACAGGAAGGUUCUGCAUUCAGGGAUAACCAGUGUCUGAAACCGCAGGAUAAUCUACAGCAAAUUCUCCCCGAAUGCAAAUCCAUCAGGUCUCCAACCCCACCCACUGGCUUAGAUGUCAAGCAAUCCGAGCUUUGCGAGGAACAAUCUGCAUCCAAUUGUGAAAGUUUACAACAGUCUAUUGUAGAUGAAAAAAAGAUUGAUGAUCAACCAAAAAGCCCCUCUCCACCUUUAAAGGAAAUGUCUGAAAAGAGUUCUCGAUCUCGCUCAACAUCACCUAAAAGUCCCCCUAAAAGCAGGCCAUCUCCUUCUCCUAAACCACUGAAAAGGGACCUUUCACACUCCCGCUCAAGUUCCCGUUCCAUCACACCCAAGAAGAAAGUGUCCAAGUCUCCCAGGUCCAAACGGAUUUCUGUGUCACCCAAACGCCGCAGAAGUUCCCCUUCGCCAAAAAAGGAGAAGGUGAGAUCUCCCAAGCGCAGUAACCGAAGGUCUUCCUCACGCUCUCCCAGGAGAAGUCAAAGAUCUAAGUCUAGGUCUCGUGGCAGAGGAAAGAGAUCUCGGAGUCGUACACCUAAACGCACCGGAGCAGGUCGACGCUCGCGCUCAGUCACAAGGCUCCGAAGAUCUCUCUCCAGAUCGCGACGUGGUGCUCGUAGAUCCAGGACACGUUCCCUGGACAGACGGGUCGGUGGUAAGCGCUCAAGAUCCACCUCCAGACAUCGCAGGUCCCCACCCCCAAGGUCCAGAAGAUCUCGCUCUCGCUCCACACACAGGGCCAGGAGGUCCAGAUCACGCUCCAUUACAAAACGCAGCCAUCGCUCAAGAUCCAGAAGUAUCCGCAGAUCUCCACGCAGGAGGUCCAAAUCUCGCUCACCAGCCAGGAAGCGCUCACGCACCCCCGGAAGAAGAAACAGGAGCCCAGUCCGAAAGCACCGAACAAAGUCACGCUCACCUCCAGCCAAGAGGAAGUCUAAAACACCCAAAAAGAAAAGGAACAUCUCAAGAUCCAGGUCCAAAUCAAGUGAGGCUCAGUCUAAUGGCAGCUCUCCAGCCCGCUCCAGUUCACCCUCUCCUGUCAAAGGGAAAACGCAGACUGCUCCUAAAGAAGAGGAGCUCAACGGUGAAAAAAAUGAGGCUGUCUUGAAAUUAAUGUCUGGUGCCGCUGCUUCCAGUUCUCAAACUGAUAACACUUCAGAAAGGCUUCAAGAGAAACCUCUGGACAGCAACCAGAACAAAGAGGAGACAAGGCAGCUGACUGCACAGGAAGAUGGCACAUCCGCAUCCAUAUCUGCAGCCCCCACCUCUGGUCCUGAUGGCUCUAACAGUGAACAGGAGAAGUCUCCUGCUAAAAGUGAGUCCAAACCAUCUCCACAGGCACAAAAGAAAGAGCUCUCCACAUCGCGCUCCCCAGUGCACCGCCAGCAGCUGUCCCGAUCUACCUCAUCACCACGGUCUACACCCAAGCCCCGCAAGAAGGCCUCUCGGUCCAAGUCUCCAGGGAGGAAGAAGUCAAAGUCUCCAACAGAAAGAAAGAAGAGGAAGUCUAAAUCUAGAAGUCCUGGUCGACGAAGGAGGUCUAGUCGCUCUCCUUCCCCCGCUCGCCGCAAACGCUCCUCCUCCAAGUCUCGAACUAGGACACGCAAAUCCAAGUCCAGAUCUCCAGCCAGGAGAAGACGCUCACGCAGCCGCUCCAUCACGGCUAGGGGAAAGAGGCGCUCUAAGUCUGCAGACCGGAGGAGGAGAUCCAAAAGUAGAUCCGUAGACCGAAGAAAAAGAUCCAGGAGUAGGUCGGCAGACCGUAGGAAGAGGUCCAAGAGUCGGUCUGUAGACAGGAAGAAGAGAUCCAAGAGUAGGUCUGUAGACAGGAAGAAAAGGUCCCAGAGCAGAUCUGCAGACCGCAGGAAGAGAUCCAGGAGUAGGUCCCCAGGCAGGAGGAAGCGCUCCAGGAGCCGCUCCACAGGGCGGAGCAAACGCUCACGGAGCAGGUCUGCAGGCAGGAGGAGGAGGUCCAGGUCACGGUCCACUGAGCGCAGACGCAGGUCCCGCUCCAGGGGGAGAGGUAGGAGGCCAGCCUUUCGCAGUAGCUCCUUAGACAGACGAGACCGUUGGAAGAGGGAGCCCAGUCACUCGCCCGUGCUUAUUCUCCGUAACCAGCGGCGCUCAGGGUCCAGAGCUCGACGCAGCAACAGCAAGACUCCCCCUCGCAUCACUGAGCUGGAUAAGGACCAGUUGCUGGAAAUUGCCAAAGCUAAUGCUGCUGCCAUGUGUGCCAAGGCUGGGGUGCCUAUCCCUGAAAGUCUGCGUCCCAAAGCCAUCCUCCAGCUACCCCUACCUACUCCCUCCCCUGCGCCGCUGUCCCUGCCUCUGCCCCUGCCCCUCCCCAUGGGCAUGGGGAUGCCCAAUAUGGGUCCAAUGGGCCUGCCCAGCCUACCUGGGAUGCCCAGCAUGUCCAACAUGACCAUGAGCGCCGCUAUGGCGAGCAUGACGGCAGCCACCAUGACAGCAGCCCUAAGUAACAUGGGGGCUCUGGCUGCCAUGCCUCCCCUGGCUCCUCUUCCCACCAUCACUAACAAACCCCCUCCCAGUCUAGCACCACCGGCCCCCUCCCUCAACCUGGACCACAUUGAAGAAGCCAAGAGGAAAGUGGCUCACCAGGCUAACGUUCACACCAUCAAGGAACUGACUGAGAAGUGUAAGAUGAUCGCCAGCAGCAAAGAGGAGAUGGCCAUUGCUAAACCUCACUUCUCAGAUGAUGAGAGCUAAUCCCUGCUCGGGUCGACUGACGAAUAGGAACAGACUGAGGGUUGGUAAUGUUCCUAAUCAACUCUUCACUCUACUGUGGUCUGCAGUAACCCCAUGGAGCUCCAUUGAUGCAGAGGAAGAGUCUCAUUCUCUGUUCUCCUCUUCCUCUUCUUCUUUCUGCCUCUGCUCCACUGGAGUGUAGGGCGAGACACACAUGUACUGAGUGCGUGUGUGGCGCCCCCUGUCCCCACAUGGCUGUACAGACCCUACUAACUGGCGGUUUUGUAAAAGAUGAGUUUUAACUGAAUCAUUUGUAAAGCCCUGCGUAGUUCUGCCGGCAAUCUGUACUUCUAUCACCAUGUUUAAAUGUGUUUUUAGAACCUCCUGAGCAGCUCUCAGGGGUGGCACGCCAAUGUUUUCACCAAACAUGACUACCCUGGGUGUGUUUUUACAUUAAGGCUGCAAGAUAUGAGCAACAAAAUAAUAUCCAAGACCGUUGUACAUUAUUGAGUUAGAUUUUAUAUAUUUUAACAAAUCAUUUCCCCCCCGAUUUGAAUAUAUUUUGUAUUAUUAAAAACAAAACAAAAAAUUCCAGACCAUAAAUAGUUUUUGUAAUUUACAAAAAAUAAUCCUCCAAGUCCUUCCAAACCACAUGCUUUUACUGACAGAGGAUUAGCUGCAGACCUCUCCAUGAAAAACACCCAAGCGCUCACAAUUAGAAAUGACUGAAUCUCCAUCUUGAGUAAAAUGUGAUUACAUUUUUAUAGUUUAAAAACAAAAAGUUCAAAACAAUUUCAUUUCUAGCUAAAUUUAAUGAUUAGUCGAGGAAGAACCUAAGACUAAAUUAGGACUAAAAAGAAAAAAAAAGUUUAGUUUUACAGAAUAUUGUUUGCUAAUAUUCCAAUUCUUAUGAUGUAUAUCAUGCAGCCCUAAUUGGUUCACAUGGUUUUUACUGCCUGACUAAAAUGCCCACACAAAUAAACUAAUAAAUCUACUGUAGAGUAAUUGCUAACCUCUCUUAGACCAAAAAGCAUUUGAAGCUUAGUGUUUCUGAAAAUGUUUGUAGAAAUUUACCUGUAAGAACCCAAAUUCAUACAACAGUGUGAGUAGGACUACUAGGGCUGGGUGAUGUAAAAAAAAAAAAGAACAAGUUUUGUUUCUCCUCAUAUUGAUUGAUCACGAUUAAAAAAAUUUUACUUUUCAAAAGCAUUUGGUAUUGAUUUCAGGAAUAUAAACAAAACAUACUUUCAAUCAUGGCCAUUUAAAGCUACAGUUUGAAUCUUUUUAGCAAGAAAAUAGACAUAUACAAAAGCAUGUUUGUUUUUUCAUUUUGGUUGUGUUUAUUGCACUGAAAAACCUAGAAAAACAUGCUUCCUUACUGAGUGCGGGCUUGCAUCUCCACAAACCUCUGAUUUGGCCUGGAGGAGGGUCUCCUCCUGUUUGUUUCCAUGGAAAUAUUGUUCCUUUGGCAAUAAUCUUCCACAAUAAAAAAAAACAAUAUCUUAAUGGAGAGUGUUCUGAAGUAUAGUUUUAAUUUUCUAUUUCCAUGGAAUUAUUCAGGUGGCCAUCUCCAGAAAGUUGCAUACUGUACCUUUAAUACAAAAAUGUUAUAAUUUUCUUCUCCAAGCCACAUAUUUUUUACUGAGAGGAUCAGCUGUAGACCUGUUCAUUUAUAAACACCCUGAUCAUUGACAUCUAAUUUAAAUUACAUGAAUUGCCCAGCCCUAAAGCCUUUACACAUUUACUCAUUUUCUAUAAUCUUUUGUGGCGUCUAAAAUUCUUAUCCAUUUUCACUCUUUCACUUUUCUUUCUUUUGAUUUUAUUGUGACAGUGUUUCACAGAUUUCUGGUCAGACUAAGGUGGCACUUGAGUUUAGUUUGGCUUGUUUUUAAUGGGGGCCAAGCCACCAUAGUCUUGUCUACAUGAGACAUACUGGCAUCUAUUAUUGUAAGUUGUAAAGUUUAACAUUUCCCACCCAUUUAAAGUUCCUAUAUUACACAAAAUGGACUCUUGUGAGCUUUAAGCCAUGUUGUAAUGUUGUUACCUCCUCAAAACAUAUGUGGAGUUGUGUUUUAUUCACAAAUGUUUGAGCAAUCUCUUAUUAUUAGUCUGUCUACAUCAAAACUCUCCUCUGUUCCAUCUUGUGAUGUCAUGUUAUGAUAGUUUUUAAGUCAACAGCUACAGCAUACAGUUUAAAAACACAAUGGAGCACUUCCUGUAUUACCACAUGACAUCACAAGGUGGAAGAGAGUGAUUUCCGUUAGAGAGAAGAACACAGCCCAAAGUUGCAGAGUUUGUGUGUUAAAUAUGUGUGAAUGAAACAAAACAAAACUCCAGGUCUGUUUGUGAUGAGGACAUAUUAUAAAUAUAGACCAGAAAAUAGCAUAAUAUAGACCUUUUAAAAUGAGACUAUGGUGGGACAAGCGAUCCAUAUUUGUAUUUUAACUAGUCAAUUCAGCAUAGUAUUUAGUUUAGUAUAUAUGUUACUCAUUGCAUUUGUUGAUCAGAAAGCACUGAUUACAGUUUAAAUAUCUUUAUGCUCUCAGUAUUGUCAUAAACAUACAGAAGUUAAUUUUGUUUUACCAAUUAUUGUUUAGCUUCUGGACUAUGGAGGCAAAAAUUUGACUAUGAGGGAGGGGCAACCAUAGUCUCCUCUAUUAAUGGGAAAAACAACAAGUGUACUGUAAAAUUGAUUAACAAACAAAAGCAGGGUCUGACUGGUUAAAAGUGCUUGAAUUCAACUAAAAAGUAGAGUUAACCCAAUCAUUUAGACUUCAUGUUUCAGUCUCCCUAUAUCUUACACUUGCACUGUUUUCUGCCCUGAUCCUUAUAAAACCACUAGUGUGUGAACUGUUAAGCACCCAGGGACGUCAAACCGAACAUCUGCAUCUCAAGUUUUCUCGCAUUUUGUUUUGAAUCCCUCAGAUUGAAACUUUAGAUUUGAUUUCAUUUGAUGAUGUUGCUUGCUUUGUACAUAGCGGUGUUGGUUAUUAAACUUGAAAAGAGGUG